AUGCAUAGCUGGAUCGCUGCAUCUAUGUCUCCGUCGCAUAGGCGACGGGAAAAAGACUCAAGACGGAAGAGUAGUAACGUUAUUAGUCGGGAUCAUAAGCCUCACGGCGCCGAGAGCCUCGAUCCUGAUUUACUCUGUAAGAUCCUGCAAUCAAAUAUUGCCAAAGAUGGAAAUAAAGAUCCUAAUCGACCAAGUUCUCUUCUUUCACCCAGUUACAACACUCUUUCUAAAUCUUGCGACGACAUGAGCAAAUGCGGUAAUACUGAUGCUGGUAAUAAUGACGAAGAAGGAGAUAAAGUCCCGUUGCCACUGGAAACCAUCAUCAAUGACAAGAAAUACAUUGGUCUCGUUCCUGCUGCUUAUGUAAGUCGAAGCAAGUCACAUAAUGAUAUAAUCAUUCAUAGGCGUCUGGUCACUCCUAACAGGUCUAAGACUGCCUCUCCAAGAACUCUGCCGUCGGCAUAUAUGGAAGAGAGAUUCUCAGUCUCUCUUUCUCUCUCUCUCUCUCUCUCUCUCUCUCUAUCUCUCUCUCUCUCUCUCUCUCUCUCUAGCCCUCGUUCUUUGCAUGACUUCAGUUUCGUCCGUUCACUUCUUGUACUGUGA